AAUUUUAUAAAGAUGAUUUAAAUAUAGAUUCCUAUAAUUCAACCUUAAAGGGAGAGUUUGAAUUAUGGCAAAUGAAGUGGGAAACAGAAACAGUCAUUCCAACCAACUCCCUUGAUACAUUAUUAAAUUGCCCAGAAGAAAUUUUUCCUAAUAUAUAUACAAUGUUGAAAAUUUUCUCAAUAUUGCCAGUUACUACAGCUUCAGUUGAAAGAAGUUUUUCAACUCUUAAGCGUAUAAAAACUUAUUUGAGAAAUUCAACUAGUGAAAAUAGACUUAAUGGACUAGCACUACUCAAUGUACAUAGAGAUAUAGAUUUAGACAUAGACUCAUUAAUUGAUGUUUUUGCAAACAAAAAAGAGAGACGUCUAGAUUUUAAAUUAUAA